AUGGAGCAAGAUUUUCCUCUUCUGGUGAUUUUUAGCUCCAACUACAAUUUGUUGAUUUGUCGCAUUAUGUUUCGUUUGCGCCAGGCUCUACAGAGAGUCCUAGGGGCUACCCCGUCACAGGGUGCUCUACGGCCUCGAGCCAUUGACACCAAUUUUUCUGUGUUCAGAGAAGGAGACCGAAUUGUGCUACAUGGCAAACAGCCCUCAUUGUCGAAGCCACUGAAGAAGGGCGAGAAGCUACAGAGUCAUCGGGGAACCGUGGACCAUGACACUAUCCUCAGCAAACGCGUAUGGGAUACAGUACAGUCGAGCAAAGGUACAUCAAUUCGACUCAGCCUUCCCACGCUGGAAGAAUACGUCGCCCUGACUCCUCGCCUGGUCACGCCGAUCUAUCCCCAGGAUGCGAAUUUGAUUGCUUCCCUCCUCGACAUCCACCCCAAUACCCCUGCCGCGGGUGAGGACCAACCCCCGCUGGAAAUCCUCGAGUCCGGAACAGGCCACGGGUCUUUGACAUUACACCUGGCGCGUGCUAUCCAUGCAGCCAACAGCACACCGCCACCUCACCCGUCCCGAUCGCAGAUCACCUACCUCGAAGGCCGGGCCAACAGGCCAGGAGAAACGGAAACGGAACAAUCCAAGGAGAAGGCAGCCGAGACAGCCGCAGACCCAGUACAAGCCGAAUGGGAUGCCUGGCGAGCGCAGCGCAAUGCCAUAGUUCACACGGUGGAUGUCUCGCCCAAGUUCUCAGCCUUAGCCGAGAAGAACGUGCGAGGCUUCCGUCGCGGAAUCUACGCCGGCAACACCGACUUCUACGUGGGUCCCGUGGAAAAGUGGAUUGCGCAGCAGAUGCAACAGCGGAAGAAGACCGGUCUGGCUGCGUUGACUGGGAAUGACACUGUUGAGCCCUUCUUGUCCCACGUUAUUUUGGACAUGCCUUCCUCGAACCUCAGGAUUCCGCACGUUACACCGGCUUUGAAACGCAAUGGCUACCUAGUAGUCUUCAUGCCUAGCAUCACGCAGAUCGGCGAGUGUUUGCAACUGAUCAAGGACCACCGGUUGCCUCUCGUUCAAGAGCGGGUGGUCGAGCUUGGUAAUGGAAUCAGUGGUGGUCGCCUAUGGGAUGUGCGUUUCGCGACUAAGAAGUCCGGCGCUGACCCAUCGUCUUGGGUUGUUUCUUCGGAUGCGGAGGGUGCUACCCCUGCUGCUGAGACCGAAGAAGUCAGUGCCAGCGACGCUGUUUCGGAGGCGUCUGUAGAGGAAUCCCCGAAAGGAGGAGAACCUGUCCUGGUCUGCCGGCCCAAGGUCGGAGUUCGCAUUCAGGGCGGCGGCUUUAUAGGAGUCUGGCGGCGUAUCGAGGAUUCUACUCGGUGA